ACUGCGCAUGACAACUGUGAGGAAGCUGACAGCAGCAGCAGCAGCAGCAGCAGACUGAGGUAAAGUGAGUCUAAAGAGAAUUUCUCUGUUUUUAAAGUUAAACUUUGACUUUAGUCUCAACAGCAGCAGCAGGAGUUUAAUCCCGAGUUUAAUCCCGAGUUUAAUCCUGGAUCUGAAGUUCGUUUCCGGUUGUUUGUUCCGCUCGUUAGAAAGAUUUCAGAGAGUUAGCUUCAGGAGUUAGCAUGAGGGACAGACUGGACCGAACAGAACCACAGAGUUAUAAUACAGGUUUACAAAGGGUUUAUAACAACAGGUUUAAACCGGUGUAAACUGGUUUAAUCUGGUUUAAACCGGUUUAAACCGGUUUAAACAGUUUUACACAGGUGAACAGAGGUUUUACAGAGAUGUUGUUCUUCUCGGUCUCUGCUGAUGUGAAUCUGUCUCUGACUCACAUGGUUCUGACCCUGGACCAGCACAGACCUGAACCCGGACAGACUGAGAACACCUCAGACCUGAACCCCCAUGACACUAGUCCAGAACCAAACGGGUCCAAAGUUCUCUCACCCUUCAGCCUCUCACAGGUCCUCCAUUUUGUUUUGGUUACAGUUGCCAUGGAGCCCGCCUGGCGACAGCAAGGCAGAGGGCGUGGCCGAGGUCAUAAUGGUGAGGGUGAAAGGUCACGACCCCCACAGAAGGAGAGACCGGGCGGCGCCGGUCGAGGAGGGAGGAUGAAGACUGGAGCGACACCUGAACCUCCGCCAGGUGAGAACCACGCCUUAUGAUGACAUCAUCAUCGCACAAGGCGUCUCCACGCUGAACAAGCUCCUCCCCCCUUUGAUUGACAGGUACUUCCAUCCAGUCAAAGUUUGAGGAGAUCAGGAAGUCCAACCAGGCUGCUGCUCAGCGAUUGGUGGAGAGCCAGCUUAGCUCCUCCUCCUCUGAUGACGAUGAUGAUGAUGAUGAAGAUGAUGAAGAUGUAACCGUGGACCACAAGGAUGGAAAGAGAGGGAGGAUCCUGGAGUCGACCUUCACCACCUACACCGACCAGACAGGUGAGACAGGGCGGGUUACCGUGGCAACAGAAGGAGGACACAUGGAGGACUCUUAAAGGGUCAGUCAGUGAGUUUAGAGGCUAACUGUGUGUGUGUGUCUGUGUGUGUGUCUCUCUCUCAGGUGGUGAUGUCACAGGCCUGCUCAGGAUUGGUCAGUACGUCAGUGACCUGUUCCAGUCUGGCGCCCUCACCUGUCUGAUCUGCAUCGCCUCGGUCAAGAGGACUCAGGCGGUGAGCGAAACACAGACCGAGACACAGACAGAGACACAGACCGAGACACAGACAGAGACACAGACAGAGACACAGACAGAGACACAGACAGAGACACAGACAGAGACACAGACAGAGACACAGACAGAGACACAGACACAGACAAAACAUGGAAAUAAAAACCGGAGUGACUCGUUAAAAAUCAGUAAUCAGUCACUUUGAGUUUCACACCUUCAGACGGACCAACAAGAUCUCCUGAAGAACCUGUAGAUGAUGUUUUCUCUGGUCACUCAGUCUUUCAAAACCUUUGAAUUGAUCCCCUCAUGGAUCAUUAACGCUCUCUCCCUCUCUCCCUCUCUCUCUCUCUCUCUCUCCCUCUCUCUCUCUCUCUCUCUCCCUCUCUCUCUCUCUCUCACUCUCUCUCCCUCUCUCUCUCUCUCUCUCUCGCCCUCUAUCUCUCUCUCUCCCUCUCUCCGUCCGUCCAGGUGUGGAGCUGCUCCAGCUGUUUCUCCCUCUUCCACCUGCCCUGUAUUCAGAAAUGGGCCAAAGACUCCGCCUUCCUCGUCUCCUCCGUCACUGAUGAAGACUUCGGUCAGAAACAGCACCCCUGGCCCUGGUGAGAAAGAUUUUAUUUCAAAACUAAUAAUUCCAGAGUCCCGGAAAGUCCUGGAAAAGUCCUGGGAAUAAAGGUUGGUUUGAAAAAGUGGUAACUGAGUUCAGUUGUUUCUCUGGUGUCACAGUUUUUUUUUUAACUUGUUGAAUUUUUGAAAAGUAAACUCGCCUGUUAAAACUCGUUUAAAUCUCUCUGACUCGUUAAAAUCUUUCUAAUUCGUUAAAAUCUCACUGACUCGUAAAAAUCUCUCUAACUCGUAAAAAUCUCUGCCUCAUUAAUAUCUCUAACUCGUUAAAAUCUCUCUGACUCAUUAAAAUCUCUAACUCGUUAAAAUCUCUCUGACUUGUUAAAAUAUUUCUGACUCGUUAAAAUCUCUCUGACUUGUUAAAAUAUUUCUGACUCGUUAAAAUCUCUCUGACUCGUUAAAAUCUCUCUGACUCGUUAAAAUCUCUCUGACUCGUUAAAAUCUCUCUGACUCGUUAAAAUCUCUAACUCGUUAAAAUCUCUCUGACUCGUUAAAAUCUCUAACUCGUUAAAAUCUCUCUGACCCGUUUAAAUAUUUCUAAGUCGUUAAAAUCUCUCUGACUCGUUAAAAUAUUUCUGACUAGUUUAAUCUCUCUGACUCGUUUAAAUCUCUCUGACUCGUUAAAAUCUUUAACUCGUUAAAAUCUCUCUGACCCGUUUAAAUAUUUCUAAGUCGUUAAAAUCUCUCUGACUCGUUAAAAUAUUUCUGACUCGUUAAAAUCUCUCUGACUCGUUAAAAUAUUUCUGACUCGUUAAAAUCUCUCUGACUCGUUAAAAUAUUUCUGACUCGUUAAAAUCUCUAACUCGUUAAAAUCUCUCUGACUCGUUAAAAUAUUUCUGACUAGUUAAAUCUCUCUGACUCGUUAAAAUAUUUCUGACUCGUUAAAAUCUCUAACUCGUUAAAAUCUCUCUGACUCGUUAAAAUAUUUCUGACUAGUUUAAUCUCUCUGACUCGUUAAAAUAUUUCUGACUCGUUAAAAUCUCUAACUCGUUAAAAUCUCUCUGACUCGUUAUAAUAUUUCUGACUAGUUUAAUCUCUCUGACUCGUUAAAAUCUCUCUGACUCGUUAAAAUAUUUCUGACUAGUUUAAUCUCUCUGACUCGUUAAAAUCUCUCUGACUUGUUAAAAUCUCUCUGACUCAUUAAAAUAUUUCUGACUAGUUUAAUCUCUCUGACUCGUUAAAAUAUUUCUGACUCGUUAAAAUCUCUAACUCGUUAAAAUCUCUCUGACUCGUUAUAAUAUUUCUGACUAGUUUAAUCUCUCUGACUCGUUAAAAUCUCUCUUACUCGUUAAAAUAUUUCUGACUAGUUAAAUCUCUCUGACUCGUUAAAAUCUCUAACUCGUUAAAAUCUCUCUGACUCGUUAAAAUAUUUCUGACUAGUUAAAUCUCUCUGACUCGUUAAAAUCUCUCUGACUCGUUAAAAUCUCUAACUUGUUAAAAUCUCUCUGACUUGUUAAAAUAUUUCUGACUUGUUAAAAUCUCUCUGACUCGUUAAAAUAUUUCUGACUCGUUAAAAUCUCUCUGACUUGUUAAAAUCUCUCUGACUCGUUAAAAUAUUUCUGACUAGUUAAAAUCUCUCUGACUUGUUAAAAUCUCUCUGACUCGUUAAAAUCUCUCUGACUCGUUAAAAUCUCUCUGACUCGUUGUUGUUUUUGUGUUUUUUUCCGUCUGCAGCCCAAAGUGUCGAGCUGAAUACCCGCCCUCUGCUAAACCUCACAGGUACGUCUGACUCUUCUGGUUUUUCAGCCUGUUAUUGCAGCUCUUCUCCAGCAGGGGGCGCCACACUCACAGCUCAGACAGAGGGGGGGGGUCUGAUGGAACAGCUUUAGUUUCUAAUGUCGGCCAUGAUUACAGCUGAUGAGUCCACCUAGUGAUGAGGAAAGGAGAAAAGGAAGGAAGGAAGGACCCUAAGUCUAUUUGCCUGUAAACACCUGUAUGAUGUCACACUGAUGGGAUUUGUAGUCCUACUGUGGUAGAUUGUAGUUUUUACAGUGUGUGUGUAUGUGUUGUGUUCAGGUACAUGUGUUACUGUGGGAAACUACAGGAUCCUCCAGCUGAUCCCUGGUUGGCUCCUCACUCCUGCGGCGCCGUCUGUCAGAAGGAGCUCAGACCGACCUGUGGACACACCUGCCUGCUGCUCUGUCACCCUGGUAACCACACACACACACACACACACACACACAGAAAUACACAGUUUGUGAAUGGUGUGUGUGAGCUGAUCCUGUUGUUUGUGUGUUUUCAGGUCCCUGCCCUCCGUGUCCAAAAAUGGUGUCAGUUUCCUGUCUGUGUGGCAAAGCUAGGCCCCUCCCCCGUCGCUGUAGCAACAAGGUAGACUUUUAUAAACACACCUGAACCAAUCACAGCGCAGGGUGGAUGAGUGAUAUACUGUGAGGACCAAUCAGACGGCUGUGCUUCUAACUGAUGUGUGUGUGUGUGUGUGUGUGUGUGUGUGUGUGUGUGUGUGUCUGUCCAGGCCUGGUCCUGUCAGCAGCAGUGCAACAAGUUGUUACCCUGCAAGCAGCACACCUGUACACAGCCCUGCCACACAGGUAACACACACUCACACACACACACACACACACAUACACACACACACCACUGAACAGAACUGAUGUAAGAAGCUGUGGAGUGUGUUUACAUUUUUUGUCAAGCUUCACAUCUCUACCUGUGUGUGUGUGUGUGUGUGUGUGUGUGUGUGUGUGUGUGUGUGUCAGAAUGCUCUCCGUGUCCCAAAGUCAGUGUUCAGAGGUGUGUGUGUGGUCGGGAGAAAGCAGAGAGACCGUGUGCCGACGCAACGUGGAACUGUCAACAGGUACAACUACACGACAACUACACAACAGCGACACAACAAUCACACAAUAACGACACAACAAUCACACAAUAACUACACAAUAACUACACAACAACUACACAACAACGACACAACAACGACGCGACAACUACACGACAACGACACAACAACUACACAACAACUACACAAAAACUACACAACAACUACACAACAACGACACAACAACGACACAACAACGACACAACAAUCACACAAUAACGACACAACAAUCACACAAUAACUACACGACAACUACACAACUACACAACAAUCACACAAUAACUACACAACAACUACACAACAACUACACAACAACUACACAACAACGACACAACAACGACGCGACAACUACACAACAACUACACAACAACUACACGACAACUACACAAUAACUACACAACAACUACACAACAACGACACAACAAUCACACAAUAACUACACGACAACGACACAACAACUACACAACAACUACACAACAACGACACAACAACUACACAACAACGACACAACAACUACACAACAACUACACAACAACUACACAAUAACUACACAACAACUACACAACAACUACACAAUAACUACACAACAACUACACAACAACUACACAAUAGCUACACAAAGGCUACCAAAUACUUGCACACUAACUACACACUCAGUCCUGUGUGUCUCUGUGUUGUUGUUUGUUACUCGCUGUUUUCAUUCCUCCUUUGUUGUGCCCCCCCCCCCCCCCCCUCCCGUAGGUGUGCGGCGCCCCCCUGUCCUGUGGGAACCACACCUGUGAGGUCAUCUGUCAUGAUGGCGUCUGUCCUCCGUGUCCUCGCUCCGUCAGCAGAUCCUGUCCCUGUGGAAAGACCAGUGAGACCAGCAGAGACCACCUGAUCCACUUUGACUCUGAACCCAGACCACCUGACCGGACUGACGUGUGUGUGUGUGUGUGUGUGUGUGUGUGUGUGUGUUUAGAGUCGUCCCUGCCGUGCACGGUGGAAGUGAUGCCGUGUGGCGACACCUGUGAGCGCCGCCUGUCGUGUGGGAAACACACCUGUUCAAUGAGAUGUCACCGUGGAGGCUGUGAGACGUGUAGACAGGUCACACACUUACACACACACUCAUACUCACACUUGUAUACUAACAGAGACCCUGUACUCGGGGGGGUUUGAGGGUCCUGGUCCUGGUUCAGGUCCUGGUCCUGGUUCACUGUGGUUCUUGAAGACUCCUCGUCUCCAUGAAGAUGAACUGUUCCUCUCUGCUCUGUGUGUGUCCCUGUGUGUGUGUGUUUUGUAUGUUGUGUGUGUCCCUGUGUGUGUGUGUUUUGUAUGUUGUUGUGUGUCCCUGUGUGUGUGUGUUUUGUACGUUGUGUGUCCCUGUGUGUGUGUCCCUGUGUGUGUGUGUUUUGUAUGUUGUGUGUGUGUCCCUGUGUGUGUGUGUCCCUGUGUGUGUGUGUGUGUCCCUGUGUGUGUUUUGUGUGUGUGUCCCUGUGUGUUGUGUGUUGUGUGUCCCCCCCCAUCAGGAGGUGGAGAAGGAGUGCAGGUGCGGUAAAUACAGGAAGUUGAUGCCGUGUCACCGAGAGUACCUGUGUGACUCCAAGUGUCCGAAAACCCGCAGCUGUCAGAGACACACGUGUCGGAGGAAGGUCAGUGUCUCCUCCUCCUCCUCGUCGUCACCUUCAUCCCCCCCCUCUAUGAUGCGUAAAUGUCGCCCUGAUCAAAUCUCCGCCGUAUCAAAGGUUGGCGUUGUUUUGGCGCUCUGACUCACUGAUCUGAUAAGAUCCUUUAAAGGUUCAUUCCGCUGUUUUCAGCUCGAAUGUCACACCUGUGAUCCAAAGAGGAGUGGUGCAUGAUGGGAAAUCCUCAUUUAUAUGUGUAUCACAGUAUCAUAGAUUUGAUUAACCCUGUUCCCAUGAUGCCUUGUGUUUCAGUGUUGCCCCGGUAACUGUCCUCCAUGUGAUCAGAGCUGCGGUCGGACUCUGGGCUGCCGGAACCACAAGUGUCCGUCAGGCUGUCACCAAGGUAACGCCGUGAGUCAGCUGACUGACUGACUGCAGCCGUUCUUACUGACUGUUUUUAUUUUAUUUAAACUUCAAAUCUGAUUUUUUUUUUUCCCCUAAAGAUAAAAUUUUAAUGUUUUUAUUUAGAUUUUUUUACUUUGAACAUUUUUGUGACUUUAAAAAACUUUAAAAAACUUAAAAAAAACCUGAUUUUUCAUGAAGAACUUUUUCCUUUUAUACUUUUGUUUCCACAAAAACUCAAACCACUUUAUCAGAAAACUCUUAUAUUUCCUCUCUAAUGUAACCCUCAUCACUCGCCGUAUAAUAACCUUAUUAAAGCCUCCCUGUUAAACCUCUGCUGACACAUCCAGACCAUCAACAUUCACUUUAAUUUAAUUUAAUUUAAUUCAUUGUAAUUUAAUUUAAUUCACUUUAAUUUAAUUCACUUUAAUUUAAUUUAAUUUAAUUCACUUUAAUUUAAUUUAAUUUAAUUUAACUUAAUUUAAUUUAAUUCACUUUAAUUUAAUUUAAUUUAAUUCACUUUAAUUUAAUUUAAUUUAAUUCACUUUAAUUUAAUUUAACUUAAUUUAAUUUAAUUCACUUUAAUUUAAUUUAAUUCACUUUAAUUUAAUUUAAUUCACUUUAAUUUAAUUUAAUUUAAUUUAAUUUAAUUCACUUUAAUUUAAUUUAAUUUAAUUUAAUUAACCAUCCUGACUCUCAAAAUCUGAAUUUUUUUUCGUCUUUAUUUUUAAUAUUAACUUUAGAUAAUAUCUAUAAUAAUAUAUAUAAAUAUAAUAUAUAUACAUAUAUUUUAUUUAUAUUAGUAUGGAUGUCGUCAUGGUGUGGAAAAGGUACAGAUACUGAACUUAUACCAAACCAGAACCAGGUCCAGUGGUUCCCUGUUGUUAGACUGACACAGUAGAUCCCCUUCAUCUCCACAGGGGGGCAGUAUCAGCGCGUCAUGUGUGUCUCCUCUUCCUCCUCCUCCUCACAGUGAGAACUUCAGCUUCAUUCUGCUGAUCAAUAAUUAUAUUUAUUAAGAAUUAAUUUUCCUUGAUAUCGAUAUGAAACACGAUCAACAUUCUUUUCCGAUAUUCUUUUCCGAUAUUCGUCAUUUUAAAGUAAAAAAGUUUGUUCUCCAGGACUUCUCUGGUUCAGAGCAAACCUGUCCUUCUCUCCUCCUCUCCUUCUCCUCUCCUCUCCUCUCUCCUCUCCUCUUCUCCUCUCUCCUCUCUCCUCUCCUCUUCUCCUCCUUCCUCCUUCAUUAAUUCUCAACUUCAUGAUGAAAACAUCUCGGUGACAAAGACUCAAAACACACACUGAACACACACACACACACACACACAGGAAGUCACAUCACAUCAGAGUCGGUCCGAUCGGUUCUGAUUUGUUGACUGAGUCUCAGCUGGUAGAGGAGGGUCAAAGGUCAAACCCAGGAAAACACAGACCCAGACCAACACCUGCUGUGUGUGUGUGUGUGUGUGUGUGUGUGAGGGGGCGGGGUGACAUUUGUUCCAGCUGAUAACACUGAACAGACACACACACACACACACACACACACACACACAGACACAGAAUUGAUGUUGGAAAAUGUUGACCUCUGCUUCCUGUCAGAACUCCUCAUGAUUAAUCUGUUUCAUUACAGACAAGAGUGUGUGUGUGUCUGUGUGUGUGUGUGUGUGUGUGUGUGUGUGUGUGUGUGUGUGUAUAUGUCUGUGUGUGUGUGUGUGUGUGUGUGUGUUAUUCUCUGAUUGGACGAUAAUAGAUAAUGAAUGUGUCCGUCUGCGUGCUGAUUGGCUGCUCUGACCUUUCAGGGGGAACAGUUAGAAGGUCGCACCGUCACCGUCACCGUCAGCUCAGAUAAGAGUGUGUGUGUGUGUGCGUGUGUGUGUGGACUCACAUUAAGUCUGUGAUUUUUGUUUUUCUAAUAUUUGACCUUUGACCUGAGGAGGCUUUUAAAACUACAGUUCCCAUGAGUCUGUGCUCCACCUACUGUGUGUAAUCCUGUCGACUUUGGUGAUUUUCAAACAGAGGUCAUGACCCCGUGUGUCUCACCUGUCCCUCAGGUAGCUGCUAUCCCUGUCCGGAGACGGUGGAGGUCAGGUGUUCCUGCGGUUCCACGGUCCUGACGGUCCCCUGUGGACGAGAGCGGACCACCAAACCCCCCCGCUGUAAGGAGCCCUGCAGGUACGCCCCAUCAGGACCGCCAUCAGGACCGCCAUCAGGACCGCCACACCUGUGUACCUGUCUUACUGAAACCCUCACUGACUCUCUCUCUCUCUCUCUCUCUCUCUCUCCCCCCCAGGUGUCCUCCCACCUGUCACCACCCCUCCAGAGAAACCCACCGGUGUCACCCCGGACCCUGCCGCCCCUGUAAGCAGACCUGCCUGCUGCUGCUGCCGGGCUGCACACACACCUGCCCUGAACCCUGCCAUGACCUGGUGCUGGUCAAGUCUCAACAGGUGAGCUUACAGGAAGUGAUUCUUUUUCUUUGUACGAUGGUAGGGGAAGGCCCCGCCCUCCUUCAACUCUGAUUGGCUAGAAGUGCUGGGUUCUGAUUGGUUAUUCCUGAUGGACUUAAAACGUCAUCGUCUGUCAGGUUAGGAGGUUCAGAGAAAACAUAAAUAUUUAAAAAUAUUUAAAAAAAAAUUUUUUUAACUAAAAAUAUUAAAAAAUAUAAUAUUAAAAAUGAUAAUUAAAAAAAAUAAUAAAAGGUUAAGAGAUUGUGGGAAAAAAAUAAUAAACAAAUAAAAAAUUUAUCAAAUAAUUAAAAUUAUUUAAAAAGGAGAUUAAGAAAAAAAAGUUAAAAAUCAAAAAGUAUUUAAAAAUAUAAAAAAAAAAAAAAAAAAUCAACUCUCUUACUUUGUUAAAGCGGUUUACCUGUCCAGCAGAAAGGUUAUAGGGUCACCAAGAUCCUCAAGCGUCCCCCAUGGUUUAUGUUGACCCGGCUUUUUAGCUCUUGUCCGGUCUACCUCCGUUUUAAGCGCCCGUUAUUCCUCCAGAGUCUCCGGUAUUUACUUUGUUUUCUUGCUUGUGUCGGCAGUCGUGGCCAAAGGAGGAUUCAGACAAUUUUCCGAACUUUCUGGUUGGUUUCUACUGUCCGAUAUUGUAGCACGCUAACUUUGUUUGGGCUCCUGAACGACACGGGGGAGCAUGUGCUUCUUUAACGGAUCCCUGACUACCCCACCUUUAAACUGGACCAACACCGUCAGCUCUGACAGAUGACGGUAAUCAGCUGAUCUGUUGGUCCUCCUUAUUUUAUCUCAGAGAUGAGUGAACGUUCCU